GGUAUAUACGGUUGUGGUGACAUCAGGAGCGUUGGGGGAGGGGACAUUACUAUUAACCCCUUCAGGUUUCUCCAAUCCAGGAUCCUCUGCUGAUAUCUUCUAUAUAAGAGAAUUCUCCUGGAUGACCCAUCAACCAUGGAGAGAGACAGGAACAAGAUGGCCGACAGGAUCAUAAACCUCACCCUACAGAUACUCUUCCGGCUUACUGGAGAGGAUUACACAGUAGUGAAGAAGUCCUCUAGUGGGCACUGUCGGGCCCCUGUGUGUGAAGGAUGGGGAAGAACCCUGAGCCCAAUACCGGGGCCCCCACCUCACUCCCUGAUACAUGAGGAAAUGGAUGAACAGAAGAUUCUAGAACUCAUCAAAAACAUGAUGGAGCUGCUGACCGGAGAGGUUCCUAUAAGGUGUCAGGACGUGGCAGUCCAUUCCUCCCUGGAGAAUUGGGAGUAUGUAGAAGGACACAAGGAUCAGUACAAGGAUCAGGUCAUGAUGGAGGAUCAGCAGCCCCUCACAUCACCAGUCAGAUCCAGUAAGAGAACAGCACCAGAGAGGUGUCCCCGUCCUCUUCUUCCACAGGAUGUUCAGGGAGAAGAUCUGAACAAUAUUAAUGCUCCAGAGACAGAUGUGAGUGGUGAUGAGCAGUAUAAGGAGAACAUUCCUACAGGAAAAGAUCUGAUCUAUAUUAAUGCUACAGACAUAAAGGAAGAAGAGACAGAUGUGAGCGGUGAUGAGCAGUAUAAGGAGGAUAUUCCUACAGGGAAAGAGCUGAUCUAUAUUAAUACUACAGACAUAAAGGAAGAAGAAGAGACAGAUGUGAGCGGCCAUGAGCAGUAUAACGAGGACAUUCCAACAAGAAAAGAUCUGAACAAUAUUAAUGCUACAGUCAUAAAGGAAGAAGAAGAAGAGACAAAUGUGAGCGGUGAUGAGCAGUAUAAGGAGGACAUUCCUACAGGUAACCACCCAGAUUCUUGUAGCAGGAGAUCAGAGGAGAAUCUUAUAUCUUCAGAUUAUAAAGCAGAUGAUGAUAUCACACAAGAUACAUAUGAAGAACAUUCCAUUAUCCCAGAUACACCCUCAGCCCUUCACAGCCAAGAUCUGUCAUCUCAUCCUUAUAUACAGGUCCUGUCUUCUCACUCAUCACAGAAAGGUCACAGAAGGGGUGUUGGACAUCAACAAGAUCACACAGGAAAAAAAACAUAUUCAUGCUCAGAAUGUGGGAAAUAUUUUACACAGAAAUCGAAUCUUAUUCAGCAUCAAAGAACUCACACAGGAGAGAAGCCAUUUUCAUGUUCAGAAUGUGGGAAAUGUUUUACUCAGCAGCCAAGUCUUAUUGGACAUCAAAGAACUCACACAGGGGAGAGGCCAUUUUCAUGUUCAGAAUGUGGAAAAUGUUAUACUUUUAAAUCAGAUCUUGUUGUACAUCAAAGAACUCACACAGGAGAGAAGCCAUUUUCAUGCUCAGAAUGUGGAAAAUGCUAUACUAAGAAAACAAAUCUUGUUCAACAUCAAAAAACUCACACAGGGGAGAAGCCAUUUUCAUGUUCAGAAUGUGGAAAAUGCUUUAUUAGGAAAUCAUAUCUUGUUAAACAUCAGAGAACUCACACUGGGGAGAAGCCAUUUUUAUGUUCAGAAUGUGGGAAAUGUUUCUCUCACAAAUCAAGUCUUCUUCAACAUCAAAGAAGUCACACAGAGGAGAAGCCAUUUUCAUGUGCAGAAUGUGGGAAAUGUUUCUCUCACAAAUCAAAUCUUCUUCAACAUCAUCAAAGAAGUCACACAGAGGAGAAGCCAUUUUCAUGUGCAGAGUGUGGGAAAUGUUUUACUCGGAAAUCAGACCUUGUUGUACAUCAAAGAACUCACACAGGAGAGAAGCCAUUUUCAUGCUCAGAAUGUGGAAAAUGUUUCUCUCACAAAUCAAGUCUUCUUCAACAUCAAAUAAGUCACACAGAGGCGAAGCCAUUUUCAUGUGCAGAAUGUGGGAAAUGUUUCUCUCACAAAUCAAAUCUUCAACAUCAUCAAAGAAGUCACACAGAGGAGAAGCCAUUUUCAUGUGCAGAGUGUGGGAAAUGUUUUACUCAGAAAUCAGACCUUCUUGUACAUCAAAGAAUUCACACAGGGAAGAAGCCAAUUUAGAGCAAUAUAUAUCAACAAGAAAUGAAGUCUUAUUUAUCAUCAAAAAACACACAGGGGUUCUGAAUGUGGAAAAUGUUUUACUGGGAAAUCAAGUUUUGUUUAUCAUCAAAGAACUCACACCGUAGAGAAGCCAUUUUCAUGUUCGGAAUGCGGGAAAUAUUUUACUGAGAAAGCAACACUUAAAAGACAUAAGAAUUCACACAGGAGAGAAGCCAAUUCAGAGCAAUAAAUGACACAGAUAUCACAUCUAUAUAUUAUCCAUGUACAUAGGAUAUCUGACAUCUAUAUAUAUCUUAUACUGCAGGGGUCUCAAAUUGGCGGCCCUCCAGAUGUUGCAAAACUUCAACUCCCAGCAUGCCUGUGAGGGGAGUCAGCUUGUUAUACAUUUUUAUAUAACCUUUUAUAAUAAUCCUUUAUAUGAUUAUACGCCAUUUUGUAUAUCAUCAGCCAUGUUGUCUAUAGUCCACCAUCUUGUCUAUGUUCCUUCAUUAUGAACUGAGUGUGAACUUUACCAGAAUUAUAACCAGGAAACUUGUAAACAAGAACCACAACUGCUGAGCGUACAGAAAACUCCAAGGCUACUGAGUCUGAAGACGUUCACACUUCCCGUCCUUCCUACUUAGAGAUAAGACGCCUGUUUGUAACCAGGUAUCAUUGGGCAGUUUGCCGUCCUUUCAUCUUUGCCUAUAAGAAUUCUGCUGUAUGUAGUAAACGUCAGAAGACGCUGUAUACAGAUCCCAGUCUGUGUCAUUUCUUCCAAUCUAUCAGGCCUGAUUGAUAAAACAUUUCCAAUUUGGCCUCGAACAGCAAAUGUACCUGAAGGAAUUGGUUAAAUUCCUUAACAUGGCCGACAACGGUUAUCUGCAGCCAACGGCUGUCCGGGCAUGCUGGGAGUUAAAGUUAUACAACAUCUGGAGGGCCACCAGUUUGAGACCCCUGAUAUACUGCAUCUCCAAACUUGUUACCAAUUGUUAAUAAAAGUUUUCUUUCUUAUAUGAUUUAUUAUUCUUACAUCCAUCUCCGCACACUGGACUUAUAAUAAAUGUAAUAUUGUCCCUGACGUUG